AUGCCUGCUGUGCAGAUGCGCACGGCGAGGGAGAAGCCCACUGAGAUCGCCAAGUGGAAGGAGGAGCACAUUGUGUUCCUGGUGCUGGGCUGCUGGGGCGUGGGCAUCUGGGGCGCCACCAAGAUCUUCGGUGGCAAGAAGGAGGUGCCUGCAGAGGCCGCCGCCUAG